AUGCCUUUGAAUCCGGAGUUAGAACAACAAGAAAUAGAACUUGCAGCAGAUUUGAAAGAUGGGAAAUGCUGUAUAUUUACAGGCGCUGGAGUAUCUUCUGCUAUUAUCCACCUUGAUCCAAUUCUCUCCGAAGCAAAUGCCAAUACUAUAAGGUCAACUGUCGGGAGUUGGGCUGGUUUUCUUCGUGCUGUUGCUGCAGCAUUUUUCAAAACAUACGCGUCAUCACGUUUUCCCUUCGAGGAUAUUGAGGAACUAUUAGAAUUUGGAAGAUUUGUUGACGAAAAACUUACUAAAAUGUUUGAAAAAAAUAAAAACCAAUUAUCUAUUGCAAUUAAAGCUGUUGAAGACGCUAUUUAUGAUCGAAAAGAAUUCUCACAAAAUAAAUCGAUUUUCCAAGAUACAGAUGAUAAAAAAAUAUUAUUUUUUGAAAUUAACAUUGAAAUUCAAAGAAUUAAAUUGAUUAUUGAUCGAGUUUAUGAUGCAUUACCUCAAAAAAAUCCCAAAGAAAAUAGCACGAGGAGUGAAUAUCUUGAUCUUUUAAAAAAUGUUGCAUUAAUUCCGUGGGGAAAAUGGACUGCAAUUACGGAAUCAACAGAACUCCUCACAAAACUUAUGAACAAAAUGAAUGAAACAUUAGGCUAUUCUCCAAGCGGUAAUGUGUGGCAACAAGGUUCCAAGUCAGUCAAACAAAGGAUUGACCAAUUAGAACAUGAGAUUACCAAUUGUCACGAUGAAAAGGCAAAAGAAAGGUUGAAAUGUUUUAAAAACAAUUAUUCAGAAUUUAAAACAUUAUUUGAUAAGCUUUCUGGCAGCACCGAAAAAACCGAAAAUGUCGCAGCAUUCAUCAAAGAUUUCCGAUUUACAUUAGCUGGUAUACUUUCUGUAAAUGAUGAUAGUUUGAACAAAACUUUUAGACAUCUCACUGAGCUUGUACUUAGUCCGUUAAAGUCAAGCCCAUAUUCACCUUUGGUCAAGGCGUUGGAUAUUAUAUGUGAAGAUAAUGUGCUCUUAACUUCAAACUACGACACUUUCUUGGAAAGCGCAUUAUCUCGUAAUGCAUUGGAUUACAUGGAAGAUUUAGCUGAUUCAAGUCAAUUGAAUUUCUUAAUUCCAAAUGAUUUUACAAAAGAUUUUAAAUUUCAUAAUCGUUUUGUUAUUCAUGUUCACGGUCUUUACUAUGAUAAAGGAACCUUCGUUAUAUCUGAAAAGGAAUAUAAAGAUACUACUAACACAUUCGCUAAAUUUAUGAAAACGUUAAUUCUUGAAAAGAAACGAUCUUUAGUAUUUAUUGGAGUUAGUGCAGAUGGUUGGACGGACUGGCAUAUGGCUUAUUUAUUCAAUGAAUUGGCUAACAUGAAUGACAGAGAUAGCCACCCUCAUCACUAUUGGGUUGUGAUAAGAGGUACUGAAUUUCCCAAUGAAGAUGACUUCUCAGAAUUAUCGAAGCAAAAAGAAAGAAAAAUUACUCUGGAGUAUGUUAAGAAAAAGGUUAAAACUGUUGUUUACGGUGAUUCUUUUGAUGAUUUACCCCCUUAUUUGGUAUACCUUUCAAAUUUGAAACCAAAAUCCAUAGCUAAGUAA